AUGCUCAACCUAUUAAGACUAAAAGAACAGAUAAGAAAAAAACGAUUGAAGUAAAGUAAUAUGAAUAAAAGCCAGAAGAAGCUGUAAAUAUUAGUUUUAAGUAUAGCCUUUAACAAUUCAGAUAAAAACCAAAAGCAAACAGUAAUUUAAGAUUAAAAGCCUAAUCUUCCUAUUUAAGUUGUUUAAGAUCUCGUCCUGACCCUCAAUUAGUUUGGGAAUCUCAUGUAGAGAAAAAUUUGAUGAGUGACUUUAAUGAGUUAAUAGAAAGUCGUUUUAAUGAGUUUAAGAGAAGCUCAAGCAUUUAUAAAUACUUUGGCAAAAUAGGAUUUCAGGUCUUUAUUUAUCUUUUAAACAUUCUUGAACUUAUUUUUCCAUUAAGUUAUGGUUCAUAUAAUGGAAUAACUGCAGAUACAAGUUUUGCUUUGAAUUUUCUAUAGUUUUUUGUGUUUUACUUUACUGUAGUGCCUGGAUGUACACUUAUGAAUUUAGGAAUGUCGUUAAGCAAAGUUUUUUUAGUGAUAUAACCUACUAUAUAUUAUAUGUUUAUGGGAGGAUUAAGUUAUUUUUAAAUUGCUCCUUCAUUUAUUAUUUUAAUAGAGAUGAAACAAUUAGAUAGUUCUCAUUUAGUGAAAUUAAUAAAUAUUUAUAAUUAAGUAGAGAAGAUAAAUUUAGAAAUCCAUGUAUAUUUUUUUAAAGAAAGAACCAAACCUAUCAAUAUCUUUCGGGAUUUUAUAUUCCACAGAGUGGCUCUUAUCUCAAUGAUCAUUACAAUGAUUAUUUAAACAAUUCCAUAACUCUUUAUUUAAGGCUUUUAUAACACAGAUAAAGAAGUGUGGGAUGGAUUCAAUGUUUUUAGUUAUUUAUUAUUUAUGAGUAAUUUAAGUUAUUAUUUUGUGGAAUUAUAAUUUAUUGUAUUCACUACAACUUAUAGAUAAAUGUAAACAUAAUUACAAUUUAAAUUGAAGAAAAUUAAAUUAAAGAUUAUCUAAGAAACAAAACAAUUAUUAAAAUCUGAUUAAAAAAAUAUAUGGGUUUUGUUGAAUCUUUUUAUUUUCAUAAUGAUCCAAGUACAAUUAAAUAAUAAAAUAAUAUUAAAGAUUUAGCCCUUAUUAAAAGAUAAGAUGUAAAUAAUAAAAGCCUUGAUAAAGUAGAAAAAAUUCAAAAAUAUUUAAUUUCUUUUUAUUGAUUAGUAUGAGGAUGUUACUUUAUAAUAUUUAUCUAAUUGCUUUAAAUUAAUUAAUGUACAUAAUAUACUCCUUUUAUAUCAAGUUGAAAAUCGCUUACCAUUUGUGAAGAGUAUCAUUUUAAUGAAUGUUGUUACUAUAAUUUUAAGGAUAUUCAAAAUUUAUAUAUUGAAAGUUAAAUCCUAGAUAAUUAAUGGGAUGAUGAAAAAUAUAAUGUUAAUGUAGAGGAGGAAAAAUUUAGAGAGAUAAAAUUUAUCGAAAAUCCAAAAAUAACCUAUGGUUGGUAAGCAGUAUAACAAAAUUAAUUUAUUAAAAAAGAUUACUUAUAGCUUUCUAUAAACUAUUGAACGAUUGAUCAUUUGUAUUUGA